UAAUGGGCCUGACAUGUAAAACAGCCCUAGAAAGUGGGAAGCCCGGAAUUUCUAACUACUUCCAGUUGGCGUCGCUUCUCAUAAACCCUGCUGCGCGCUCUUCCUUACGAAAAACCCUAACCCUUCUCUUCUUCGACCAAUCUACAGAAAACAAAAAUGACAGGAGAAACAGUGAAUCCAAAAGCAUAUCCUCUGGCUGAUGCACAGCUUACGAUAACAAUAAUGGAUCUUGUUCAACAAGCUGCUAAUUACAAACAGCUCAAAAAGGGUGCCAAUGAAGCUACAAAGACACUUAACAGAGGCAUUUCUGAGUUUGUUGUCAUGGCCGCAGAUGCUGAACCCCUCGAGAUUCUUCUUCAUCUUCCUUUACUUGCUGAGGAUAAGAAUGUUCCCUAUGUAUUUGUCACAUCAAAACAAGCACUAGGACGAGCAUGUGGUGUUACCCGGCCAGUGAUUGCAUGUUCUGUGACAACUAAUGAGGGAAGUCAAUUGAAAUCUCAAAUACAACAACUAAAGGAUGCUAUUGAGAAGCUAUUGAUAUGAGAAAUUGCUAUCGGUAUGACGGGCUUCUUGAGUUUGCUGAGUGCUCCUUGAGGCUUUGACCGGAUGAGUUGAGUUGUAUUCAACUAGGAAAGACUCUUUAUAAUGUAAGCUUACAUUCAUAUUUAUCGACACUAUUUGCGGAUUUAAUGUGCAAUUUUUGAACAGGUGUAUUAUAAACAAUUUCAUUGUCUUUUAUUUGGAUGCUAAGUAAAUUUAAAUUGCCGGCUUA